UUUAGGGAAGGGGGAGGUGCUUUGCGUGUGUCUGUGUGUGUCUCGUGCGUGUCGGCUGGCAUUUCACAUAAUGAAAUGCAGCAGGGAACAAAGAGCUGGGGGCCCUAUUCUCUGUGCUGAAGCUUCAUUUUCACUCCCGUCAGUCUGUGAUUCUUCCAUAGCCCUUGCCUUGUGUACAUGUAUGUGUGUGUUUAUGUUGCAUGAGGCUUUUUUUUUCUAGUGUGUUUGAGUGUCCCCUCCUCCUUGUGUUAGCAUUCUGCAUGGCAGAUUCCCCUAAUGUAAUAACUGUGUCUGCAUGUCUAAUUUACAGCAGGAGAGAGUAAAUAGCCUGUGGUUAAUUACAGUAUGUGUGUGUGUGUGUGUGUUUGUGUCUGGGUGUGUGUCUACACGUGCGUGGGUGUGUCAGAAUGAUUUAUGAGUUGCAAAUAGUUACACCACUGCCCCGUUUCUCCUCACUUAGUUUUUAAUCUGUCUUUCCAUUAAUUUUCCCGGAGAUGUCAUUAUGGUUUUAUAACAGUGUGCAUGAGGAAGCCCAUGUGAGUGCACGGAUGUGUUUAUAAGACAGAGGUGAGGACACUAUGUGGGCAUCAAGGCAGGAUGAACACCUGGGCUGCACUUUUCUACCUUCCCCCCCCCCUUCCUGGUGCUUCAUUCACUCUCUUCAUUGAGAGUCACAAUGAACACAGAUCUUUAUUGACAGUACACGGCAGAACAUGGAAACAGCAGGUCAAUCCGUUUAGCCCAAAGGCCGAUACACCAAUUCACCAAUUUGUCAGUGUUAGUUUGAGAGAGAAAAGCAGCUAAUCUCUCCUCUCUGCUCUCUAUUGAUCACACACUUAGACUCCACUUCUCUGUCUAAACACUAUUGAUUCUCCCUCUCUCUCAAUCUCUUUCUCCUACUCUCUUUUUCUUGUGCCCUCCUCACAUACCACAACUCUCAGCACAUUGUCCCUUCAUAUACCCCAACAGCUCCCCUCAGAACGACAGAGACUGCAGAGGCUCCGUCUCCGGCGCCCAGCGUCACAGUCUAGGUGCUGCCUGCCAGCUGAUUAAUAGUUUGAUCCACGGUGUCACAAAUCACCGUUCCCUGCUGCGCACAUCCAAAAGGUAGUCUCUGUCUCAUUAAAAAAAUCAAUUACUUUGCAGGCCUCCAACAACGCAAACACGGAAAGAGAUUAAAAAUUCACUUUUAGGUUGGCCGUCUCAUCGCUUUGUUUCUCAGCCACAUUUCAGAAGAAGUCUUGAAAAGAAAAACCUUUAUGUCAAGAUGAAAGCUAUAAAAAAGGACCCUACUCCCUUCAAUCCAAAUCAAAGCCAAGGAUGUAUUUUAAUUAGGUUUUUAGACCUAGUCAGGAGAAUGUUGAAGAUUUAUUCUUAAAUAAAUGGCUAACUUUCCUGAAGCAUUCAUGAGGUAAGUGUUUAUCAACUUAUUCAAACGUUAUUAAAAAAGGCACCAAUGCUUAAAUUGUACUGCAGUCAGUUACAGUUUUUUCUCCUCGCCUGGUUUUGAUUUGUUUGACUUGUGCUCCCCCUACUGGAGAUCUUCUAUCAUUACAAAUAUGCAACUUCACAGGUUAUACAAAGUUUGGCACGUGCCUUGUGUAACUGCAAAUCAGCUGCUGUUUGGUAACACGCGCUCGUGUUCAACACGAAGAGGCAGCUUGUAUCCGCCUGUCCGAACUUUCUAAUCUAUAACAAACAUUUUUAGUACCUUAAAUGUAAAGAUGUCGCCCUCAAAGGAUGACCACGCUCUGGUGAGGGAGAUGCUGAAGGAGGUUCUGACGGGUCGAGAAGAUCCAGAGGGAUUCUUUGCGAUCUGUUUGUCAGUCCUGGGCCACCGUGAGACUUACUCGAUGUUCCCGACACUCAUCAAGCCUCUGUCCACGGCCAACAUCAGUGUCCACUCCACCCUCACCUUGAUCUACGAAGAAUACUUCUCCAAGACUGGCGACGAUGACCUGGAGCUUGCUUUGGCUUUGUCUCUUAUGGAGAUGGAAGAUCAGCAGCUUUCAACACAGCACCUGCAGUCUGAGGUCAGAACCACCCAGAGCGACCCAUUUCGACUGAAUUCAGCUUCUGGAUUCACAAACAAGGACACAAAAACUAAACAUAAUGAUCCUCAGAACAAUAAUAAAGCACAAACCAAGCAAUAUGCGGUAAAAGAAAGUACAAACCUGAUGGAAGAUCAAACUUCGAAUCAAUCUGAGAAACCGAAAAGCGCAAAGAGCAGAAGGAAGCGGAGAAAAGGAGCUGUUAGUAUUAUAGGCCUACCUGGUUCACCUUCAGCAUCUCCGCCUGUUCUGCUGUGGUUCAGGAGGGACUUGAGAUUGUGUGACAACCCCGCUCUUAAUGCAGCUCUAGAAAUGGGUGCACCUGUCAUCCCUGUCUUCAUAUGGAGCCCUGAGGAGGAGGAGGGCCCAGGAGUUACAGUGGCUGCAGGGGGAGCGAGUAAAUAUUGGCUUCAUCAGGCUUUGGCUUGUUGCUGCACCUCUCUGAACCGCAUUGGCAGCCGCCUCACUUUUCUUGAGGCAGAGGAGCAAAGUUCUCUUCGAACCCUGAAGCAGCUGGUGAAGGAGACCGGGGCAAGAACUUUACUAGCCAACGCUUUGUAUGAACCUUGGCUGAAGGAAAGGGAUGAUGAGGUAGUGUCGGCACUCCAAAAAGAAGGUGUUGAAUGCAAGAUUUCCCACUCCUACUGCCUCAGAGAUCCUUACUCUGUUAGCACGGUGGGGGUAGGACUCCGAGGAAUAGGUUCUGUUUCUCACUUCACGAGCUGUUGUAAACAGAAUCCAGGGCCUGCUAUCGGGGUUCCUCUGGACCCCCCACAAUCCCUUCCGACACCUGCCUGUUGGCCACAGGGUGUUCCUUUGGAGGCGCUGGGUCUGGCUCGCAUGCCCCGCAGGAAAGACGGCACAAUAAUUGACUGGGCUGCAAACAUUCGAACGUCCUGGGACUUUAGUGAAGACGGAGCACAUGCUAGGCUUGAUGCCUUCCUUCGUGAUGGUGUGUACAGAUACGAAAAGGAGUCCGGCAGGGCAGAUGCUCCAAACACGAGCAGCCUCUCUCCCUAUCUUCACUUUGGCCAGCUCAGUCCACGCUGGCUUCUGUGGGACGCCAAAGGGGCGCGCUGUCGAUCUCCAAAAUUUCAGCGCAAACUGGCGUGGAGAGAUUUAGCAUACUGGCAGUUAACGCUGUUUCCAGAUCUUCCCUGGGAAUCUAUCAGACCUCCUUAUAAGGCGCUGAGGUGGAACACAGAUCGCCGCCACCUCAAAGCCUGGCAGCGAGGUAAAACGGGCUACCCUCUGGUCGACGCAGCCAUGCGGCAGCUGUGGCUGACCGGCUGGAUGAACAACUACACGAGACACGUGGUGGCGUCUUUUCUCAUUGCAUAUCUGCAUCUUCCAUGGCAAGAAGGCUAUCGCUGGUUCCAGGACACCCUGGUGGAUGCAGAUGUUGCCAUCGAUGCGAUGAUGUGGCAGAAUGGGGGCAUGUGCGGCUUGGACCACUGGAACUUUGUCAUGCACCCUGUGGAUGCAGCACUGACCUGUGACCCCUAUGGCCACUACGUCAGGAAAUGGUGCCCCGAACUCGCAGAUCUGCCGGACGAGCUCAUUCACAAACCCUGGAAAUGUCCUGCGUCCAUGCUGCGGCGAGCAAAGAUCGUGUUUGGAGAGACAUAUCCUGAGCGGAUAGUUGUCGACCUGGAGGAGCGGAGAAAUCAGUCUCUACAGGACGUGGCUUCAGUGCGUAAAGAGUUUGGACAGUUCGUGGACAAGCGCUCAGGCUGCGACUUGGUGCCUUUGCCCCCCCGGCUCGUCUCCGAGGCUCUGGGAUGGUCUAAGAGGGACGGAGAAGCAGCAAAAGAAGGGAAGCAGUUUCUGCUCCCCGUCAUCACCCGCAUGGAAUUCAAGUAUCAGCGAGACGAUCCAGACGCAGACGCGGCGUCGAACCCUUACAACGCCGUCCUCAAAGGAUACGUGAGCCGCAAGAGGGACGAGACCAUCGCCUUUCUUAACCAACAAGACUUCACCGCCAGCGUGAUGUACGAGGGAGCGCAGAGGCGGGAGCGGCUCGAGCGGGACUACCGCAGGAUGGAGGGGCUGCCUCCGCCCCCUUCCGCUCGGGGGAGAGCCAGACGCACUCCAACGGCCAAAGACAGGUUCUCUAUAGUUCCUGGUGGGGUGGUCACUUCAUAGGAAAAGGAGAAUAAAAGAGCUACAACAUGAA